AUGAUUACGAGUACUGAAAACAUCAGCUGUGUUAACGAGCUCACCAGAUCCAAUAUACGUUUAACGGGUUUUCAAAAGCAAACAACAUGGAAGGAGCAACCAAAAAAAAUAAUAAAAUACGCGAAGAGUAUAUUGCGUGAGACUACGGUCGAACCAUGUUUGUUUAUUUACAUGUUGUGUACCGCUAUAUCAUCUUUAGCUGUCAUGAACAUGCACCUGGACAAGGCCUGCAGAGUAAAUUUCGAUUAUGGGGAUGAUGUUUGUGAUCGUAUUUCUAAAAGAAAUACUACCGGUCUGGAUAAAGAAGAAAAAGAAAUUCAGUCACUGGUAUCCGCAGUGGUGGCAUGGAAGUUCCCUCUUCAGACAGCAAUACCAGCAGCAAUGGUACUAUUUGUAGGAGCAUGGAGUGAUAAGUAUAAAAAAAGAAAAAUAUGUAUUUUAUUUCCAUUUAUUGGAGAGAUUAUUUGCAAUAUUGGGCUAUUGUUCGCAACGUAUUUCUUCAAAGAAUUGUCGCUGACAGCGACCGCUUUGAUCGAAGCGUUGCCUGCGGCCUUUACUGGCGGCUACAUCAUCAUAUUUAUGGGAAUGUUCAGUUUUAUGGCCGAUAGAACUACGAUAGAAAAUAGAACAUUCCGCUUGGGACUCGUAACGAUAUGUGUGACGGCAGGAACUCCGACCGGGACAGCUUUAAGUGGAAUAUUAUUGCGUGCUAUGGGAUAUUAUGGUGUGUUUUCAUUAUUAUUGGUGCUGUACUCCAUAUCGUUUGUGUAUGGUUUAUGCAGACUUGAAGACGUAGUGCCUCCUGAUGAGAAGAAGAGUUAUAAUGAUGUUGAGAAGAGUAAUCGGAGGAAUUUGUUGAAGGAAGUGUUUGAACUAGUCGGCAAUACUGUGAUGGUGGCUCUGAAGCCGCGUGCUUUAAGUGGCAGGGCUCAAAUAUUUUGUGUGUUGCUACUGUACCUGCUUAUGGUUGGACCACUUUACGGUGAUUCGCAAGUGGCGUACCUCUACGUGAUUCGUAAAUUCGGCUUUACAGAAGUUGAAUACAGCAUUUAUGGUACCAUAAACAUUGUGCUGGGCAUCUUUGGUACCCUAUUCUGCGUAUACAUCCUUAGUCAAAGGCUGAAUGUACAAGAUAGUGCCAUUGGGGCUCUCGCAGCUACUAGCAGGAUAGCCAGCUGUUUCAUGUUCGCGUUUGCACCGACAAGACCAUGGUACUAUUCGGCGCCUAUCUUAAACAUCUUCAGUCAUACUGGGUUGACUGCCAUCAGAUCGAUAGCCACUAAAAGUGUUCCUACUGAAGAAGUUGCUAAACUGAAUGCGUUAAUAGGAGUGACGGAGGCUAUAGCCCCUUCAAUAUACAUGCCAUCAACGAGCUACAUCUACGUCCAAACCAUCUCGUCCUUCCCUGGUGCCUUCUACAUGUUCGAUGCUGUCCUCACUGUGGUUGCUUUAGGACUAUUUACGGUCAUUUACAUACUGGUGAGGCGAAGGAUGAGAGUGACCGUCACGGAUCCACAGAAAAAAGAAGAAUUUGCGAGAACCAAUGAAGUUUCACGGUUUUAA